UUUCCCAGGAAACUGAGAGAAAAUCAGGGUGACAGAGAGAGUGGGGGAGAGAGCCAGAGAGGAGGAGAAUGGGGAGGAGUCCUUGUUGUUCAAAGGAGGGCUUGAACAGAGGGGCUUGGACUGUGGUUGAGGACAAGAUUCUAACAGAGUACAUCAAAGUCCAUGGAGAAGGCAGAUGGAGAAACCUCCCCAAGAAAGCAGGCUUGAAGCGAUGUGGGAAAAGUUGCAGGCUGCGUUGGUUGAACUAUCUCAGACCAGACAUCAAGAGAGGCAACAUAUCACAUGAUGAAGAAGAUCUCAUUGUCAGGCUUCACAAGCUCUUGGGGAACAGAUGGUCUCUGAUAGCCGGAAGACUUCCAGGGCGAACAGACAAUGAAAUCAAGAAUUACUGGAACACCAACUUAGUAAAGAAGAUGCAAAGCAGACAAACCCCCGGGUCAAGCCAGUCUGCCGACAGGAACAAGAACAAGGCUGUGGUGGAGGAGCCAAGCAGGUCAAAAACGGAGACUAAUGUGAUCAGAACCAAAGCCACGCGGUGCUCCAGAGUAUUCAUAGCUCCACUGGCAGACAGAAGUGCUAAUGAAAAUAGUAUCCCUAGGCCUAGGCCUGCAGAGCCUGCAGGUCCAUCCAUGACACCAGACCUUUCCAUGUGUCACUUGGUGGAAACUGGAGCAUCAUCACUUGUUGAUACAGGAGAUUUUUCUGUGGAUUUCAUGGCGGAUAUGAACAUGGGGGAGCUGUGCUUAUCAGAUCUUCUAAACUCCAACUUCUCAGACUUGUGUGAGGUCCAUUGUGAGAAUGGUAAUGAACUGUCUGCUUCUUCUGAUGGGGUGGCGCCAUUAACGUUCUCCAAGGAAAUGCUGGAGGAUUGGAGCAGUCUGAGCUGUUACCCCCUACAGCCAAAUGUGGGUUCAAACCUCAACUCCUUCACCUCUUUUCUUGACUCUGGAGGUGACUGGCUUGGAGGAGAAUAAUGGACUCUGUGUUAUCUCUUAACCACAUAAAGUGCUUUUGCCGUUUUUCACUGUAGAAAUCUAUGUUCCUUUCACUCCUUUUCUUAUUUGAAAUAAUCAAUCUUCUUGGAGAAUCUUUAAUAACAAAAAAGCGACUUUUCCUUCCCACUA